UGUGUUGUUUCAAUGGCGGAUGAGUAAUCGUAAAACAAAGAUGCUGAGAAUUAGCGGAUUAUUGUGCGAAAAUGUGACGUUUUAGACAUGAGCUCGACGGAUCAGUCAGGAGAUUCUUCUAGUGACAGAGAUGUUGAGUUUUAUUAUAGGCCAGGAGGAAGAAGGACGGAAGGUUUAAAGGCUGCCGAUAUUGUCCCCCUCCUGAGGGAGAGGGUUGCCUAUCUCUCAGGAGGCAGGGACAAGCGUGGAGGACCCAUUCUAACAUUUCCCUCCAAUACACACCCAGAACGGUUGAAAUAUGAAGAUUUACGCAGACUUAUGACAUAUCUAGCCAGUGUUCCAAGUGAUGAUGUGAGGGAGAAAGGUUUUACAGUGAUACUGGACAUGCGGGGGUCAACUUGGCAGAAUGUCAAACCGAUACUGAAAGCUAUGCAGGAAUGUUUCCCUGGCAACAUAAAUAUUGCUUUUAUUAUAAAACCGGAGAAAUUUUGGGAAAAACAGAGAACUAGUCUGGGUAGCUCCAAAUAUAAUUUUGAGACCCAUAUGAUAUCAGUGGAUAAUCUAGUGAAAGCAGUCGACCGAAGUCAGUUGACUCGGGAAUUUGAUGGCAAUCUUGAGUAUGAGCAUGAACAGUGGAUCAAGCUUAGACUGAUGUUGGAGGAAUUUAUUUGGAAGGCCUUAGAUUUGUUGGACAAGUUGGAUGAACUGAGUAGUAUACUUACCAAUCCUGAUCUUCCGACGGACCUCAAUGAGGCACAGAAACGUCUCGAGGACCAUAACCACUUGAAGAAAAGGGUUACAAUGGCCCCUGUUGAGCAGUUGGGUCGUGAAGGUCAAUAUAUAUUGUCGAGUAUUACGGGUGAAGGCUUCGACCAAGCAGGCCCAGGAACAAGGUUUGUUAUUUCUGGGAAUGCCGAUUUUCAGAGUGCAGUACCUCAGAUAUCACAACUAUUGGAGAAUCUCCACUCUACAAAACAACAUUUAAACCAGUUAUGGACAGUAAAAAGGUCUAGACUGGAGCAAUGUCUGCAGCUGAAGAUAUUUGAAGAUGAUGUCGAAAAGAUGUUUAACUGGAUAUACCAUAACCGUGACAUGUUCCUUGUAAACUAUACAGAGAUAGGAAUGUCACAUCAGUUUGCUGUGGAGUUGGAGAAUGAACACAGCCAGUUUGCUAACAGUGCCGUGAAUGUUUAUGUCAACAUCACUCGGAUUCUCAGCAUGGCUCAGAGAUUGUGUGAUGCCGGACACUAUGCUCAGAACUCUAUACGAAUACAAGCGGCAAAGUUAGAACGGGAGUGGAAAAGUCUGGCCGCGGCACUGGACGAUAGAAGUACCGUGCUCAGCAUGUCAGUAAUGUUCCACAAAAAAGCGGAAACAUAUCUAGCUCAGGUUAUAGGUUGGCGACAAGCCUGCGAGAGUCCUAAUAUUCCGACAUCGAUCGAAGAGCUUGAAGAUUCUCUACAGCAACACCAGGCACUGAUUGAAUCAAUCAGCCAGGCAUACGCUGAAGUGUGUGGGGAUGGUAAAGCUUUGCUUGAUACGCUACAGACACCCGUAUCGUCUGGAAGUUCAAAUUCUCUGACAGCAAAAGCCGACUACUCGGAAGCUGCCGGACAUGUUCUUGAUGUCGUACAUGAGGUUUUGGCCCACCAGCGCCACCUAGAACAGUUAUGGCAUGGGAAGAAAGUGAAGUUACACCAAAGACUGGGAUUGAGGCUCUUCCAGCAAGACGUGAAACAGGUGAUAGACUGGCUGGAUAACCAUGGUGAUGUCUUCCUCAAGAAAAAUACUUCCAUAGGUCGCAGCUUACAGAGGUCAAGGGCAUUACAGAAAAGUCAUGAACACUUUGAAUCUGUUGCCAAGAACACGAUAACAAAUGCUGAAAAGCUUCUUGCAGCUGCAGAUGAAUUGGCCCAAACUGGAGAAUGUAACCCAAAGGAGAUAUAUAAUGAAGCUCAAGAAUUAGAGGAAAGAAUGUCAAGUUUUCUGGCUGCACUGGCACGGCGGAGAUCUGCACUAGAUAUGACUGUUUCUUUUUACUCACAUGUUCACGCUUUGACAUGCUGGUUGGAGGAACUUCAGAAUGAAUUACAGAGUUCGGAGAUAGCGGACACCGUUGAAGGAGCUGAACAACUUCUUGCUCAGUUUAAUCAGCAAAGGGAGACUACUCUUGAUGCAGCGCUCAACACAGUUGGGGAGGGAGAAAACCUUUGUGAACAGCUCAGGAUAUUUAACAUUGACCCUGAGAAGACGAACCAGAACAGCGACUAUUCUCAUAUUGAAAGUGUAUUGCGGCAGCUGAAUGAAAGUAGAUCUGAGUUGGAGGAACUAUGGGCAGCACGCAAACUCAAGCUAGACCUGUGUCUUCAGUUACGUUUGUUUGAAAGAGACGCUUUAGAGGUUUCAUCUCAACUAGAGCUAUGGGCUGAGGAACUUCAGCACCAAGAACUGGUUACCGAUGGCAACAAGGCGGAGCAAAUGUUGGUCAUACAUAACGAGAGUGUUUUACACAUGCAGAAUUGUACAUUUGAGGUGCUACAGAGGGGUCAGGAAUUGGCGCAGUUAUUUGAAACUACUGGUGUUCAACUAAUGGCUGACUCACACUACGAUGCUCCAACUCGUAUUCAAGAGUUGCUGGAGUAUUUGCACGAGCGAGAAGUGGAUUUAGAGACCCUUGCGGACACAAAGAGGAGUCGGCUAGAACAAUGUGUACAGCUGAGAAACUUUGAAGUUGAAGCACGACAGGUAAUAUCGUGGAUCAGGAACGGGGAGUCGAUGUUGAACGCGAGUUUUAUGUGUCCCAAUGCCUUAAUGGAAGCAGAGCAGUUGAAGAAGGAGCAGGACCAGUUUAUGAUGGCAAUAGAGAAAACUCACUACAGCGUAGUUCAAGUUAUACAGAAGGCAGAGAGCAUGAUAGGAAUGCAGCAUUACAACUCGGAUCUAGUACGAGCGAUCGCCGAGAACGUAACGCUAGCCUGGAACCAGCUCCGGAACCAUUCAGAGGAGCGACACAAGCUUGUCAUGGCAUCAAUGACGUGGUAUAAAACUGCUGAACAGGUAUGGUCGGUGUUAGAGAGUUUAGAUCGGGACUAUAAACGAGACGAGGACUGGUGCGGCACUGAACGUGCAAACACAUCGGAUAAACCUAGCUACAUGGUGCAACUUAUUAAUAAACAUAAUGAACAGAAAGAGGCUUUUCUUAAGGCAUGUACGUUAGCUCGGCGGACGGCAGAGAGCUUCCUGAAGUAUGUUAACAGAAACCUACACACCCUCGGCAUGCAGAUGAAGUUUAGGAGUACAGAAGCACAUGUUAAAAAGACCCUAGACUCCUUGUUACAACAGGAGAAUAUGGUGAUAGAAUUCUGGACAGUGAAGAAAAAAAAGUUAGAACAGUGUCACCAGUAUGUUCUCUUUGAGCAGAGUGCUAAACAGGUACUUGAGUGGAUCAAAGAUUAUGGAGAGUCGUACCUGAACACACAUCAGAAACUGGGUUCUACUCAACAAGAGACAGAGGCUCUGUUACGGGAACACCAUGAUUUCCGUGCAAGGGCGAAGGAAAACAAGGAGAAUGUGAAACUCUUGCUCUCAUUGGCUGAUGGUUUUGUUGCUAAGGGCAACAUGCAUGCAAACAACAUCCGAGGCUGGUGUGCGGCUGUUGACAAGAGGUAUAAGGAAUUCUCAGUGAGGAUGGAGAAAUAUCGAACACGGCUUGAGGAAACCCUUGGAGUUCACCAAGAAGAAGAGCCGCAGAAAGAGGAGGAUACACAGAGACACAGUGACUCCUCUUUGGAGGAGAAAGUUUUCAAACAAGCACCUAAAGAACUGACCGAGGAGAAGAGAAGAUCUGCAAGAAGGCGAGAGUUUAUCAUGGCAGAGCUGUUACACACAGAAAGAACAUAUGUAAAUGAUUUAGAGACCUGUGUUAAGUGCUACCUGAAUGAGAUGCAGGAUCCGGAUAACUUCAUGCCAACUGGUAUUCAGAACAGACAUAAAGUUAUCUUUGGUAAUAUGGAGGAAAUAUACGAGUUCCACAAAAAUGUGUUCUUAAAGGAGUUAGAAAAGUAUGAGACAAUACCAGAAGAUGUUGGCCAUUGUUUUGUCACCUGGGCUGAGAGGUUUUCAAUCUAUGUGACAUACUGUAAGAAUAAACCAGACUCUAACCAGAUGUUGGUGGAUCAUGCUGGAACUUUCUUUGAAGAAAUGCAGAAGAAACAUCAGCUGAACGAGCCAGUGUCUUCCUACCUGAUAAAACCUGUACAGAGAAUCACCAAAUAUCAGCUGCUCCUUAAAGAUCUGCUCUCAUGUUGUGAAGGUCAUACAGGAGAAAUUAAGGAUGCACUUGAAGUGAUGUUGAAUGUUCCAAAGAAAGCGAAUGAUGCCAUGCACCUGAGCAUGUUGGAAGGUCUCGAGGACAGCCUUGAAGCACUGGGUGAGGUCAUUCUACAGGAGAAUUUUACCGUCUGGGACCCCAAACAGCUGAUAAAGAAAGGUCGUGAGAGACAUAUUUUCCUGUUUGAUAUGUGCCUCAUAUUUGCAAAGGAGUCAAAAGACAGCAACGGAAAGACUAAAUACAUGUACAAGUUCAAACUAAUGAUUUCUGAGAUCAACAUUACAGAGCACAUUGAAGGGGAUGCGACCAAGUUUGCACUGUGGACAGGGAGAGCUCCAAUUUCUGAAUAUAAGAUUGUUCUCAAGGCACAGACUUUGGAUAUAAAACAAGUGUGGGUGAAGAAAUUACGAGAGUUGAUACAAGAACGUAUGAUGUAUAUUCAUGAAGCUUUCAAAGGCAAACAACCAAUUGUAUUCAAGGCUGCACCAAAGAUCAGUGUCCCGAGCCGAGUGAGCAGGGAUCUGGAAAGUGACUAUGAUGAGUUACCGAUGGAUCGUCGAGGAUCGCUGACCAGUAUGAAUUCGGUUGCGACAACCGCUACCACCGACAGCAGCAGCAGUGGCGGCAAGAGUGAUGUAACUAUUGUGGUUGAUGACUUUGCUGCAAGCAAUAAUUCUGAGCUUACCGUGCACAGAGGUCAACAGGUCGAGGUCAUUGAUCUUUCACCAGGUCAGCCAAACUGGUGCUACGUUAGGACUCUACAAGGGGACAGUGUAGAACAAGGUCAAGGCCUUGUUCCCACGGCAACAUUGAAGCCCAUACCUCGAUUGUUAGGCCCAGGGUCAAGGUCAAGUCUGGAAUUUGAAGACUCCCCAGAGGCAAGUCCAAGUACGUCAAUGGCAAAUCUGAAUUCAUCGUCACCGGUCGUGAAGAGGCGGAGCAGUGGAACAAGUUUCAGGAAAUGGUUAACUAAUCCAGUACGAAAACUGAGCACAAAUAAGAUAGAAAAGGGGACAGCACCUGUAUUAGAGGGACAGAAGGGAGAUUAUAUAGAGAGACAAGUGGCCGGAGCGCUAGGGGCAUCAAGGGAGAACCCCGAGAGUAGUCUAGAAGACCAGAUUAUUGCGCAAGACGUAGCAACAUUCACACAGAAACAUAACCUUGAGAAUGAGGAGGCGCUCGAAGCAGCAGACGACAUCGAGAUCCCCCCACCCAUGCCAGUACAGGACCAGAGUCAUAUGUUAAACCUUGGGAAAAAUGAUGGUGCCGAUAAUAUCUCAGAAAAAUUUGCCUCAACUUUGUCCUUGAAACCUCAGCCAGAAAAUUCUGUUGACCUAGCAACUGAAAUAGAAAAUCUUGUUAAAUUGAAAAUGGAUCCACCACCUGACACAGGUCAAGGGUCAGAUUCAGGAGGAGAGGAGGACAAAGAGAUAGAAAAAGAAAAAUAUCUACAAAAAAGAAAGUAUGUUAUAGCAGAGUUAGUGGAAACAGAACAAGAUUAUGUGAAAGAUUUAGGGGGUGUGAUUGACGGUUAUAUGGCCCAUUUAGCAGAGUGUGAUAUUACAGAUGAGAUGAAGGAAAAAUGUAAAAUAGUCUUUGGAAACAUUCAUCAAAUAUACGACUGGCAUAGAGAAACAUUUUCAGAAGAAAUUCAAAAAUGUUUAGAAGAUCCUGACAAACUGGCUGGCCUUUUUCUACGAUAUGAACGAAGACUUGCGAUGUAUAUAAAGUAUUGUGAAAACAAGCCAAAGUCAGAAUAUAUUGUAUCAGAAUAUAUAGACACCUUCUUUGAGGAAAUCCGACAAAAAUUGGGUCACAGAUUAAAUCUGGCAGACCUUCUCAUCAAACCUGUACAAAGAAUUAUGAAAUAUCAACUCAUUUUGAAGGAUAUUUUAAAGUGCACAGAACGUGCAGGAUUAGAUGCAGCUCAACUUCGACGUGCUUAUAAUGUGAUGUGUGUAGUUCCUAAGGACGCCAACGAUAUGAUGCAGUUUGGUAAACUACAAGGAUACACUGGUAAAAUAACUGCUGUUGGGAAACUACUGCUACAGGACACCUUAUUGGUUGCCGAGGUAACGAGUGGAGGCUCAAGCUCUAAAGGGAACCAGCUCAAAUUUAAAGAGAGACGAGUAUUUCUGUUUGAACAAAUUAUUCUCUUCAGUGAAAUGACAGAGAAAAAACGGGGCAAUAUCGUCAGUACUUAUUAUCUCUUCAAAAAUAGUUUAAAGGUAAAUAAAAUGUCAAUGACUGAGAGUGUAGAUAAUGACCCAGUUAAGUUUAUGCUGAAGGACCAGACCCCGGGGGCCGAUAUGAAAUUCCAGAUCCAGGCCCCGUCAGAGGAGGUUAAGAAUACGUGGGUCUCAGCAAUCAAGAAAAUACUGGAAAUGCAGGGAGAUUUUCUCAGAGCUCUACAGUCCCCAAUAGCAUUCUACAAUAAAGAGAAAGAGCUAACUAAGGAAUUGUCUGCUCCAGAUCUGGGUAACAAUAGCAAGGAUGGACAACUCCGUAAAACUAAUUCCCAACCUCAAUCUUCCAGGGGCAGUAACUCUCAACAGGGUAGUAUCAAGGGACGUAAUCCAGAGGAUUCACAUAAACAUUUCCGCUGUAAAUCAGUCCCAACCCCAUUAAAUGAAGUGGCCAAUCAAAAAUCAGACUCUAAUGAAGUAUUGGGAGCAUGUGCUCGGGAAACAUCAUGUCCCAGUUCACCAACAGAGUGUUCAAAAACUUUAGAGAGAGACGGGAAAAAGACAUCUAGUGCAGUUUCAGAGGGUAGUGAUUCCGCUAAACCUAAGAAAACUAUGAUGGAAGGAUUUAGAAAUACUCUUAAAAAAUCAAAAAAUGAUAAUAGUGGGGCUAAACUGGAUUCAAGUUAUGCAAAUUCGGUAGAUUCAGAGGCGGAGAAUGUUGUCAAUCAAGGAAGUGUAACUCCGCCCACAAAAUCAAAUGGAACAGAGAGAUUGGACAAUGAGCAAAACGCGUUGAUUGAGUCUGGCACAAUUGCUAUGGGGCGUGUUUUGUUUACCUAUAAUGCUGUUCGUGAAGAUGAGAUUUCCGUGGCAAAGGGCGAGACAGUCCAUGUGAUAGGAACCAAUCAGUACAAUAUGUUUCUGAUACAUCGGCCCGCUAACCUUUCCUCCCCUGCUGCUGAAGGUGUAGUCCCCAUGUAUGUUGUGGGAGCAAAAGACGGGGAUCCCACGUUCAAAAGAAACACAUGGCAGUUGUUCAAGAAUAAAACAAAAUCACCGCCAGCGAGCAGCGACAGAUUUGAAUGGAAUGGAAUGAGCAGUUUUGAAGUCCGCAGCAAAACACUUCCUCUCGCAAAGGAAGGUAAAUCAAACAAGAUGAAUAACCAGGAUUUUAUGUUUGAGAUGUCACCAAGUGUUCAUGCGCCUCUGAAAAGUUUGACAGUUCAGGCGGGUGAUGUUGCCGUGUUCACGUGCAGGAUCUGUGGCCGACCACGUCCAAACAUCAACUGGAGCUUCAACAAUAACAUACCUGUAGUCCCUGACCAAAGAACUGUGAUAUCUUAUAGAGAAGAUGGUGUUGUCACACUUCAGAUAUCUCAAGUUACUAUAGCUGACAGUGGGGAGUACAUGUGUGUUGCCAAUAGUGAUAUAGGUGGUGUUGUAACCAAGGCAACGCUUACAGUGCUAGACAGGCCAGAUCCUCCGUGUAAACCCGAGGUCAAAACUCAAGUAGGGACAUCAGUCCACCUAGAAUGGCAGCCUCCCCCAACUAUGCCAACUGGUCAAAUACAGGGUUAUACAAUAGAGUUCAAUGAAGUGGGUUUGGAAUAUUGGCAAGCCGGUAUACCAUACGUACCAAACACCUCACAAGUAAUUGGAGAUUUGAACCCAGGUUCAGUCUACCAGUUCAGGGUUCGUGCCAACAACCAGAUUGGCAUGAGUGACCCCAGCAUGCCCUCAGACUAUGUUGCUAUACCAACAGAAAAUGAGCUAAGUGAAAAGGAAGAUGCGAAUAUGACAAUGUGGAAGACUACAUAUGAGAACGACUAUACAGAAACUGAAGAACUUGUGAGAGGGCGGUUUGCAGUCGUCAAGAAAUGUUCUCAGAAUUGUUCCGGUCAACAGUUUGCUGCUAAGUGUAUCAAGAAAAGAAAUGCAGCAAAAGAGCUUGUCGAGACAGAGUACAAUACGUUACAGAGCUUACAACAUCCCGGCUUUAUACAGGCUGUCGAUCUAUAUGAGACAUUUGACAACUUUAUACUUAUAAUGCAAUUAAUGCCACAGGGACGCAUGUUUGACCAUAUUUGCAGUUCAAGUCAGUUUGAUGAAAUGCAUGCUGGGGAUUUUGUACGACAAAUACUGGAAGCGAUUCAGUUUCUACAUAACUGCAGAAUAGCUCACCUAGAUAUAAAGCCUGAGAACCUCCUGUGUGACACAAACAAUGGUGUAACGGUUGUGAAACUGACAGAUUUUGGUGAUGCCAGACAUAUUUACAACAACUACUAUGUACACGCUGCUAGCGGUGACCCAGAAUUCCUUGCACCAGAAAUUGUCGCUGCUAUGCCUGUCGGACUUCUCUCUGACAUUUGGAGUAUUGGAGUGGUAGUGUAUGUUAUGUUGAGUGGUGUUUCCCCGUUUCUGGACGAGAGUGAUGAGGAAACAUGUUCCAAUAUUCUACGGAAUGACUACUGCUUUCCUGAUGAAUUCUUCGCUGGAAUAUCAUCUGAAGCCAAGGAUUUUAUACGCUCAAUGCUUGUUGAUGAUCUUGGGAAACGUCCAAAUGCUCAGACAUGCUUAGAGAGUAUUUGGAUAAAGAAAGCCUGUGGGCCACAUCCGUCCCAACUCCGACCUCGCCCAAUAGCUACAGCCCGCCUUGCACACUUUGUUGACAGAAGAAAACAUCUGAUGGCUACGUGAUGGGAAUAAUUUCUUUUCAACAAGUUUCUUUGAUAUCCAUGACAUGAGCAUAAUGUGUUUGUCAAAUUUUUGCAGUAUCCAGAGGCAUAUACUAAUGGGACACACAUGAGUUAUAACAAAUAAUUUGCUUCAUUCUUACAAAAUGUCGACCCCUUUUAUGGUAAUUCCUGUCUGUGUAUUUUAUCGGCAUACACAGUAUUUGACAGAUCUUUAAUGCCUUUGAUAGUAUGGCUUUUUGUGUAAUGCUCAGGGCCAGUACAAAGUGUAAUUUCUCACAAUGUGUUAUUAUUAUGGCACCAAAACAAAAUGUCAGUUAAGAAAUGCAAACACUGGGAUUCCAAGACCCCUGCCACCCCCAGCCAAAUAAGAUUUUUUUAUCGACACAUGUUUGAUUUAAAAGUGAUUUUGUAGAAAUUGUCACUUAAUAAUGUGUUUUCUGGUUAUAGAUCCUAUGUACGUCAUAUUGGCCUUUGCUCAGCAGCCUUAGGCCAAUAUGACCGACAUUGGACCUGGAUUUGUUACAAGGCUGUUAUGUAACUUUUUUUUUUAAACCAAAAAAUGUCCGUUUUAUCAUGACUAAUCACAUUUAUAAAACACUUUUUAGUAUGCAUAAUUUAUUAAAUUUGAUUCAAGAGGUACAUAUCCAUACCUCUUGACAAGCCCAUUAGGAUUAUCUAAGAGUACAGACCUCCUUUUUCUGGAUAUUGUGUGUUAUUGACAUCUCUAAUGGCCUUGCAAAUGAAAAAAAUUGAUAAUAUUUAAUCACUAUUCAACCAGAAUUGGUCAUGAAUAGUUCACCUAUACCAUGGGAGUAUUUGAAAUGAAAUGAGGUAUAUUCAGAAGUUACCAUAUAGAGUCUGAAUCAAAAUGUUUUGUAGAAGUGUAUUUACUUGAUUUGUACAGUAUCUUGACUUUAAACAAACCAAUAAUGCAUAGUGUUACUGUGCAAAUACCUUAUUGUUCUUUUCAUAUGAGCUGUGACAAGAUAAACUAUCCCACCAUGUAGAUUUUACUUCAUUUUAGAUUGAAUUAUAGCUAAUAUUAUUUAUGAACAUGAUGAAUAUAUUUAAGAAUUGUAAAAAGAUAUGUAAUAAUGUUAUUUUUGAAAAUGUACGUAUAUUUUAGACUUACACGGAUAAAAUUUUAAUUGUGUGUUGAAUUUUUAUCUACUUUUGUCACCAUUUUAAUCAGUGUUACUUUUAUGCUUGACAAGGCUCAAAUGAUAUGUCAUGUAGCAAAGUGUCUGUUUUAAUGUAGGACAAUAGUCCCCACAGGGUAAAUCCCAUACAUAUGUGUACGUACUCCCACCCCACUGCUCAGUUUAACUAAGGCAGAAAAAAAAUCUCUCUCCCCCACCCUUUCACCACUCCUAUACCUUUGAUUUUGUUUUACGUAAAAAAUAUAAAAAAUCAACAAAAAUUUAAAAAAUAACCGUUUUAAUGUUUUGAAUGGAAUAAAUUGAAAAUUAUAAUAGAAAAAAGAAAUCACAAGGGGUGGGGGGAGAAGUGGGUGGGGAUUUUGUCUGCCUUUGUCUAAUUGAAUUAAUGGGUGGGGUAGGGAGAUUUUGUCCGUAUUCCUGUCCAUUUAUCAGGUAACCAUUUUAUAGCUACAUAAAUUUAUGUAUCUAAUGGUAGGGUGUGUAUAAAUAUACUGAAAUGAAAAUGAAAAGCAGAAUUUAAUAUAACAAAGAUAUAUGCAACACAUUUUCAUCUAAAAGUUUGGCAUUUUCUUCUAAAAUGAUUCAAACAUACUUUUUGAAGCUUAUUGGUUCUUUAUAAAACAGAGGUUUUCAAAUAUAUUUUACAAACAACAAAGAAUAAACCAGCGUACAUUAUAAAACUUCUUGUUAUGUUUUAAAAAGCAAACUUGUAUAUCUUUAACAGCGUUUAAAAGUUACCAGAAUAUAUUGCAGAAAUAAAAAUCAUAAAAUAUGCUUUGUCUCUGGAUUAUAGACAUUUUGAAUGUUAUACAAGAUAAAAUUCAUAUAAAAUAUAUUAUACACUUAUUGAAUGGCUUCUCAGAGAAAAAAAUAUACUCGAGAUCCAAAGGACAGAGGCCGGGCUAAAAGUUUUGACAAAUUGCAGGCAAAGCAUUUAUAAAGGUUUUAUUACAUGGACCUGAGCUUUAUAUAGUCAUACAUUGAAACAUGUUAUUAAAUGACCCCUUAUAUAAAUUGCCAGUCUAUAGUAAGUGCUUAUGACCAGUCCAUAGUUCAGCUCUAAAUUUUGAUGCGCUGAAGUCAAAACUUAAAGAAAACAAAUACAAAAAUUUAUUUUUGCUGUAAUGUAAUAAAACACUCAUUAAAAGGCUUGCUAGUCAGUAGUCAAAACAGUUAGCCUUCAGACCUCGGGCAGUAAUUCUGACUAUAGACUAGCAAGCCAAUUUAUAAGUGUAUAAUAUUUUUAUUCUGCAAUUCUUUAUCCUUCCAGUAUUUGUAUUUAUAUCUUUUAUAUAAUUGUAGCAUCAACUGAAAAUAUGCAUGUCAUCAAUUCUUAGUCCUUGUAUUUUAAGGUAUAUGAGCCGUGCCAUGGGAAAACCAACAUAGUGGCUUUGCAAAGAGCAUGGAUCCAGACCAGCCUGCGCAUCCUGGCUGGUCUGGAUCCAUGCUGGUCGCAAAGCAAUAAUGUUGGUUUUCUCAUGGCACAGCUCAUAUCUGGUUCAGCUGCAAUACAAGAAUAAUGUUUUCUUUGAUAUGUUUAUACUGUAAUUUUAACUUCUGUACAUCCGAGUGGAUUUUGACUUUUCUAAUUAAUAUGUAAAUAGAUUUUGUAUUUAUACAAUAAAUUGUAACGAUAUUGCAAAUGU